CCGACAUCCAAACCUCACAUUCUAGUCUCUGUUCUGCCACACACAACACACCAUGGCCACUUCAGACGGCAACAUGCUGAAAGGCGCGCCAUUCGGGGACGCAGCAACCCCUCUGGUUCGAAAUGCCUCGGUAUACAACCCCCUCCACACAUUCGAGCUGCCCAAGGGCACAGAGAAGAACUACGCCCACCAAUUCGCCGACAUGUACUUCCUCCGACUGUCCCUUCUGAAGAAAGCGGUCAAGCAAAAAGCGCACGAAGCAUGGGACGACUUUGAACUCGGCGGCGAGAAGGCAUCCUUUGUGGAGCGUGUGCUCGAUGUACGACAGGGCCAGCUAUGCUGGGUGGUGGGCACAGUGUACAUGGAGAUGGCGCUGAAGCCAAACGUGCUGGACGACAUAUCGAAAGAGCACUGGAUCGUAGCACCGCCGCCGCGGGAAACAUACGUCUCGACUUCGGGCCAGGAUGAGAUGAUGCUGGAGGACGAGUCUGGUCGUCUGCGCGUCACGGGAGAGAGUCUCAGCUCGCACUACGUGACGGGCUGUGUACUUGCUGCUCUCGGGACUGAACAGGCAGACGGCUCCUUCCAGGUCAUCGCAACGCAAUACGCAGACCUGCCCCGCCAACCCGCCCGCUGGGAACGCGACGACGCAGAGCAGAAGACCAAACCCGCCCGCCAACGAGCAGGCAAAAUCGCAAUCGUAUCCGGGCUAGAAAUCACCGGCACAGACGACGACGACCUCGCCCUGGACCUGCUCGUCGAGUACCUAACCGGCGAAGCCACGGGCCCCCCCUCCCAAACAUCCUCCUCGCAAAUAACCCGCCUCAUCAUCGCAGGCGACUCGCUCUCACACUCCUCACCCAUCCUAUCCCGCGAAGCAUACGCCGCCAAAAAAGGGAAAAAACACUACGGCUACGACGCCUCAUCCUACAACGCCUCCCCCGCCGCGCGCCUCGACACCCUCCUCUCCACCCUCCUCCCCACACUCCCCAUCACCCUCCUCCCCGGCGCCUCAGACCCCGCCAACGUCGCCCUCCCCCAGCAACCCCUCCACCCCGCCCUCUUCCCAACAGCACGCCUCUACACCUCCGCCCCCAACUCCUCCACCCCCUCCUCACCCCCCACCCUGCACACAGCAACAAACCCCUGGUCCGCGGACAUCGACGGCCACCGCCUCCUCGGCACCUCAGGCCAACCCAUAGCCGACCUCCUAAAAUACGUCGACGACGACAUCUCCCCCCUCGACGCCAUGGAAAUGACGCUCCGCUGGCGUUGCAUCGCGCCUACCGCCCCGGAUACCCUCGCUUGCUACCCCUUCCAGGACGAUGAUCCGCUGCUGGUGCGCGAGUGUCCGCAUGUAUAUUUUGCGGGGGGGCAGGCGGCGUUUGGGACGAGGGUUAUUAGGGGGGGGGAGGGGCAGAGUGUCGUGUUGGUUUGUGUGCCAAGGUUUAGGGAGGGGGGGCAGGUUGUUGUUGUGGAUUUGGAGAGUGGGGAGGUUGGGGUGGUGGAGGUGGGGGUUUUGCGGCCGGGGGAGUGA